AUGACUUUCUACGUUGGCGCCCGCUGUUGGUAUCCCAGCAAAGAACAUGGUUGGGUUGGCGCAGAGAUCAUUGAACUGAAUUCUGAAUCUACUGAAGCUAGAUUAAGAUUGGAAAAUGAUGAAGAGAUCGAAGUUAAUUUAGAUAAAAUUAAGGAAGAUUUCAAUGAUGCUCUUCAUUUAAGAAAUCCACCUGUGUUAGAAGCUACUGAUGAUUUAACUUCUCUUACAUUUUUAAAUGAACCUGCUGUAUUACAUGCAAUCAAGAAAAGAUUUACAGAUAAAAAUAUUUACACAUAUUCAGGAAUUGUUCUUAUUGCAACAAAUCCGUUUGCUAAUGUAGAUGAGCUGUAUAGUCCUGAAAAAAUUCAUGAAUAUUCCACAAACCGUAAAGAAGAUUUGCAACCACAUAUUUUUGCCAUUGCAGAUUCUGCUUUUAAACAUAUGAAGAACUAUGGUGAGAAUCAGACUAUUAUUGUUAGUGGUGAAUCUGGUGCAGGAAAAACUGUAUCUGCAAAAUAUAUUAUGAGAUACUAUGCUUCAGUUCAGGAUGAAGCUGCACAUAUGCAAAAGACGUCAGAGAUUGAACAUAGAAUACUUGCAACAAAUCCAAUUAUGGAAGCAUUUGGUAAUGCUAAGACUACAAGAAACGAUAAUUCUUCUAGAUUUGGUAAAUAUCUAUCCAUCUCUUUUAAUAAAGAUAACAAAAUUUUAGGAGCACAAAUUAAAACAUAUUUAUUAGAAAGAUCUAGAUUAGUGUUUCAACCUAAGGGGGAAAGAAAUUACCAUAUAUUUUAUCAAAUGUUAAAUGGUUUAACAGAUGAUCAAAAGGUUAAACUACAUUUAGAUAAGCCCAUAGACUAUUACUAUUAUAUGAAUCAAGGUGGUGAUCCAUAUAUUCCAGAUGUCAGUGAUAAGGAUGAAUUUCAUACUACAAUAAAUGCAUUGGGUAUGGUGGGUAUCCAUUCUGAAGUUCAAGAACAAAUUUUCCAAAUAUUAUCUGGUAUUCUUCAUCUUGGAAAUAUUGAAAUCAAAAAAUUAAGAAAUGAUGCUUCUGUAUCUUCUGAGGAUAAAAAUUUACAGAUCGCGUGUGAAUUAUUAGGAAUUGAUUCAUUCAAUUUUGCUAAAUGGAUUACAAAAAAACAAAUAAUAACAAGAUCUGAAAAAAUCAUAUCAAAUUUAAAUUAUAAUCAAGCUAUUGUAGUUAGAGAUUCUGUUUCUAAAUUCAUAUAUUCAGCAUUAUUUAAUUGGUUGAUUGAAACCAUUAAUGCUAAUUUAAAUAAGGAGAUAAAGUCAGAUGAUGUUAAAUAUUUCAUUGGUGUUCUCGAUAUCUAUGGUUUUGAACAUUUUGAAAAAAAUUCAUUUGAACAAUUUUGUAUCAAUUAUGCUAAUGAAAAAUUGCAACAGGAAUUUAAUCAGCAUGUUUUUAAAUUAGAGCAAGAAGAAUAUAUUAAAGAGGAGAUAGAAUGGUCAUUUAUUGAAUUCAAUGAUAAUCAGCCAUGUAUAGACUUAAUUGAAAAUAAGCUUGGUAUUCUAUCUCUUUUAGAUGAAGAAAGUAGAUUACCCUCAGGUUCUGAUGAAUCAUGGACUCAAAAAUUAUAUCAAUCUUUCGAUAAAGAGCCAACAAACAAAGUCUUCUCUAAACCAAGAUUUGGCCAAACAAAAUUUGUUGUUAGUCACUAUGCACAUGAUGUGGCUUAUGAUGUAGAAGGUUUUAUUGAGAAAAAUAGAGAUACUGUACCAGAUACCCAUUUAGAAAUUCUUAAAUCAUCAUCAAACAAAAUGUUGGUUUCUCUAUUAGAUAAUUUAGAAAAAACUUCAAUGAAUAUAGAGGAAAAGAAAAAAGAACAUACAACUUUCCCUGGUUCAAGAAGAAUGGUGCAAAAAAAGCCAACCUUAGGUUCAUUAUUCAAAGGUUCAUUAACAGAUUUAAUGAAUACGAUAAAUGCAACUAAUGUUCAUUAUAUUCGUUGCAUCAAACCGAAUCCAAAUAAAGAAGCAUGGAAAUUUGAGAAUUUAAUGGUUUUAUCCCAAUUACGUGCUUGUGGUGUUCUUGAAACAAUCAAAAUGUCAUCUGCUGGUUUCCCAUCUAGAUGGUCAUUUGAUGAAUUUGUUCAAAGGUACUAUUUUUUGGUACCAAAUUCUGAAUGGCAACAAUAUCUAUAUGAUGAUACCGCUAAUCUUCUCCCAUUAGUUAAAAAUAUUCUGGAUGUCACUAUUGAUGAUAAAGAGAAAUACCAAAUAGGUAGAACCAAAAUAUUUUUUAGAGCCGGCAUGCUAGCUCAAUUAGAAAAAUUGAGAUCUACUGUAUUUACUAAAAUUAUAACAAAAAUCCAAAAGAAGAUUAGAGGCAGAUACUAUAGAAAACAAUAUUUAGCCAUUAUAGAGUCCAUUAGAAAUAUUCAACUACGUUUGCACAACAAUCUCCUUCGGAAAAAAAUUAAUCAUGAAUUACAAAUAAGAUUUGCAACUAUGAUUCAAUCUGUCAUUAGAGCAAAAACUGUCCAAACAUACUAUGCCGAUAUUGUCAGAUCGAAUAUUUUACUUCAAGCAUAUUUGAAAAAGAUAUUAAUACAAGAGUAUAUUAGGCAAGAACAAAGAAAGGUAGCUCUAGUGCUGAUUCAAAGUAGAAUAAAGGCAUAUUAUCAAAGAUCAAAAUACACAAAGAUGAAGAAAUCAUCUAUUAUGAUUCAGUCACAUAUGAGAAAAAGAGCAGCACAAAUCGAAUAUCAAAAAUUGAAAGAAUCUAUGAUGUUUUCUAAUUCUGAAGAAGCUAAAUUAAUUGUAGAGUUUCUUGAUUUCAUAAAAGAACUCAAAGAUAAAAUUAAUGAAAAUAAAACAAAUUAUGAUACUAUAAAGCAGUUGGAAAACUCUGAAGAUAUACUUUCUAUAUUAAACAAUGAUACAAAGUAUAAUGAUAUGAAAUUGGAGAUUAAUAAUGUAAUAAAUCUUUUACAGAAAAAUUAUUCUGAUAUAAAAACCUUACGUAAGCAAUAUAUUCAAUGGCAAAAUACUGUUAAAUCUCAAUUAAAAUAUUUUAACAAUAAGGAAACACACAAAGCUGAUAAUAAAACUAAUAUAUUACACGAAAGGUUACAUUUAUUAGAUUCAGAAUUAAAAGAUAUUGUUUUAUUAAAUGAUACGUCAAAAUUUGCAACAAUUAAUCAUAGUGCAUCUCCUGAAUCAAAGUUAAAUGUAGAUUUAGAAAAUAUUUCUGAAGAUAGCACGAUGUUCUUAUCACAACAAGUCAACAACCCAAAUAUCAAAAACAUACUUACAGUGGAAAAGGAUAUAUUUAAUGAGGUACAUGAUGAAUUUUUAAAAUCGUACACAAUCCCAAGAAUUGUUAAUGAAUUUGAUAAUAAUAUUUCUAUCUUAUAUCCAGCACUACUUAUAAAUUUUGUUUCUCAAAAGUAUAUUGAUAACAAACUUUUUAACAAUUUAAUAAACUUCCUUGAAAGUUCCAUAAAUAGUAUAUUACAAAAUAUGUCAAACCUAUCUGACGAUAAAAAUUUAGUUGGGGAUGGUUUAUUCUGGUUUAGUAACUUGUUUGAAAUUUACUCAUAUAUUAAAUCUUUUAUUGACAGAGACGAAACACAUUCUUACUGGCAUGAAUUGAUAGGCAAUGCAUUAAUUACUGCUUAUAAUACUUGGUUGAAAAAAUUGAUGUCAUAUAUUAGAUAUGAUCUCAAUUUAUCAAAUAUUUUAAUUGGGUCCCCAUCACGAUUUAAUGAAGAAGGAAUCAAUGAGAAGAAAUUAACACAUUUGUUGGUAUUUUUCUACGAAUUAAUUAAGUUCUCAAAAAUGUAUAAGUUAGAAAACCAUAUUGUACAUGGAAUUAUCAUUAAUAUUUUAAAUUUUACCAAUUCACUAUGUGUUAACGAUCUUUGUGUUAAAUUCUAUAAUAUGGAUUGGAAGUUGGGUCAUAAAAUCCAUAAUAAUUUAAAAUCAUUAGAUGAUUGGUUCUUAAAACAUAACAUUAAGAUAGAUCCAAGAAAAGAUUUAGUUCAUUUGAGACAGUUGUGUACAUUGCUACAAUUGAGAAUGAACAAUUUAUCGGACUUGGAAGUUGCUAAAGAUUUUUGUUAUCUUUUAAACCCAGUCCAAUUGCAAACAAUUUUAAAAAAAUAUAAGCCAGCUAAAGGGGAUUCUAAAAUACCAUCUGAUAUUCUUGAUCAUUUAGCUAAUGUGAUAAACAAGGACAAAUCAAAAGCUGGUUCAUUAACACUAAAGAUGGAAUUAAAUGAUUUUCCUAAUCCAGUUCUUGAUAAAUCUUUGAACCUAAAAACAGAAAUUCGUGUUAUCAAUGAAGCUGAUUUACGGGAUCCAAAUGUUGUGAAUCACCCUAAAUAUAAGCUUGCUAGUAUAAAUCAAAUUGUUCGUGUAAUGACCAGCUGA